AUGGCUAGCAACCGCACUCGUCGUAUUGGCAAAGAAAUUGCCGACAUCCACGCCGACGUGCAUUCGCAGAUCAAAGCCGAGCCUUUUUACAACAACGAUGACGUGACACAUCUGAGAGGCUCUUUUCCUGGGCCUCCUGGUACUCCCUAUGAAGGUGGUACCUACAGUAUCGACAUCAAGAUCCCCACUGAUUACCCUUUCCGUCCACCUACCAUGAAGUUUGAAACCAAAGUAUGGCAUCCGAAUGUCAGCAGUCAAACGGGUGCAAUUUGCCUUGACACACUUUCGAGUGCUUGGUCGCCAGUUUUGACAAUCAAGUCAGCUCUACUUUCAUUGCAGUCUUUGCUCAGCACACCUGAGCCCAAGGAUCCCCAAGACGCCGAAGUAGCCAAUAUGCUCCUUAGAACCCCCAAGGAAUUUGAGCGAGUCGCACGUGAAUGGGCUGUCAUCUAUGCUGGUGCUCCCAUGAGCGAUGAUCAUGCCAGUGGAUAUAGCGCCGAUGAUGUCCAGAUUGUUGAAGACAGCCUGGCAAACUACGACGGGUACAACAAGGACUUGAUUGACCGUUUCUGCAGCAUGGGAUUCGAUGUUGAACGCGUUGUAGCUGCUUUCCGGUUUGUCGGUGCCGACCGGAUGGGCGGAACAGAUUAUCGGCUGGAUGAAGGAAGGAUGGGUGAUAUUACUGCCCGAUUGCUUGGUGAGUGUGGAAUUGGCUUAUCGAUAAGAACUGGAGCUUCAACUUCCUCACUUUCAACCAAGUCAACCUUUGAUCCUUUAUGCUACUACACUAAGCGAACAAAACCCUCAUAUAUAAAGACCUCGGGAGCUAUACCUCACCAUCGAUCCCUAAGGCAUUCGUUGUUACACCCGACAAAGGCUCUGUGCCUUGCACUCUUAACAAACACCGCCACGAUGAUUGAAGACGACAUCUACCGCGCUUCGUCCCAGUACCGACUAUGGUCCUACACCGAAUCUUCAUUACAGUCUCUACGAGCUACAACAAAUGCUGUGGCCUCCGAGCGCGUGCGCGCUGCCUUGCGCCGAUCCCGCGAGCAACAGUCGGCCACCUCCUCCGCCGCUGGAACACCACAGCCCGGCAGUGAUAUGGAUGGCAAAAACAAAGACGAAAAAGAGAUCGAAUGUCUCACACCAGAAGAAGAACUGGUACUCGUACGAUAUUACUGCGAGAAGACACUAGAGCUGGGCGAAACAUACAGACCACCGAUGCCCACGAUGGCCCGAGUACGUGAACACCAACAUCGAGUUGCAACCGCGAUUCAAUACCUUCGACGCUUUUACAUAACUAAUUCUCCUAUGACCUACCACCCGAAGUCGAUCAUGGCGUGCGCGCUCUUUGUCGCAACCAAAACCGAAAACUAUUACAUGUCUCUCCGGCAAUUCGCAGAUGGUAUUCCCGGCGAGACAUCACCGGAAGAUGUCAUUGCGCCAGAAUUCCUACUCAUGCAAGGCCUCCGCUUCACCUUCGACAUCCGACAUCCGUUCCGUGGACUUGAAGGCGGCGUCAUGGAACUUCAAGCAAUUGCGGAUGGCCAGGGUCAACCAGCUCCUCAUUUGCCACACGAGACGGCAGAAGAUCUCCAACAAGGCCUGCUAUCCAUUGCACCUCCGCCCACUCCAUCAAAGUCGAUGUCAGAUCGAAUUGCCGUAGCCCAUGGCAAGACACGCGACCUGCUGAAAACCGCCGCACAGAUGACAGACGCUUACUUCCUGUACACACCCUCUCAGAUCUGGCUAUCAGCAUUCCUAGUAGCAGACCGACCACUAGCCGAGUUCCUCCUUGAUGUCAAACUAGGCGGACCUGUCACGGCCACCAUUCCCACACCCGAAACCGACGAAAAUGGCCUUUUGAAUCCUCUCUACGAGAUUCGCUCGAAAUUGCACCGCGUCUUGACUGAAUGUUCUGCUUUGCUCCAAUCAUACACACCCCUUUCCUCCGACCCUGUGCAGAUGAAGAAUCUCAAGCGCAUUGCCAAGAAAUUGUAUCAUUGCCAGAACCCCGAGAAAGUGAAUCUCAAGCGGGAGUCUGCUCAAGUGCCUGUUUCUCAACCUGACUCUGGUGCCGUCACUUCGGAGAGUGAAUCAGAGCGUCUGGCUAAGAAGCGGAAACUAGAGCAGGAGCAAAUGGCCCGACAGGGCAAUGAUGUCUUCGGUCCUGAUCUAGUACAGCGAACCAAACCGUGA